AUGGAUGAUAAAAAGGAGAACCAUAUUAGUUUAAAUAAUUCCGAUAUGGGAUCAUUAUAUAGUUUUCAAAGUCGGGAAUCGAAAUUUAUAGACGAUGAUCAUUCGUCCAAUUAUUUGGCCAUCAGUCCGAACGGGGAGCUUGCUGCGACUUUUAAUUCUGAAUCUUAUGAACUUAAAAUUUACUACGUCAACAAUUUAACCGCUCCUAACAAAAUACAUUAUGAUGAAAUGAGAAGGUUGAAUUUACCUUCUGUGAAGAUAUCUUUUUCUUUGGCCAUUUCCAAUUCCUCAAUUAUUCAAGAAGUAGAAGAUGCAUUCGUAGCAAUAUCAUGUUUUUGUGAUCAAGAUAUGAUGUCAGAAACUGAGGAUAAUGGUUCGGUCGAAAAUUCAAGAAAUCCUACAGAUGCGGAAAGGGGGGAUGAUUUUAAAACAAAAAUUUCAGCUGAAACCUUUGUUUAUUCAGUGAAAUUAGACAAACGUAUCGAAACUACUGUUGAUAAGUACGGUGGAAUCGUUAGAUUUUUGAACAAUUCGGAAAAAGAUGAUCAAUCGAAUGGAUUUACAAAUCUAAUUGUCAUGAACGCGUCUGGAAUUGCAAAAGCUUUCAUCAACCAUAAGAAUCCUUGCGUUAUCAAUAAAUCAAUAUUUAAAGAUUGUUGCGUCACGAAAGUAUAUGAAUUUCCAACAACCAUUCAAAAUAAAAUUGAUAAAUUAUAUCAAGAAUCUCCUUGUACGAGGUUUUUAAAUAGCAUUGUUGUGAAUAAUUUUUUGUUUGUUGAAGAUUAUAGGAACCAAAGACUUGAAUUGUAUAAUUUACAAUCACUGGAUCUAGAGUUAACAUUACGAAAGCGUGAUGAAAUUUCUCUUUCAACGCAAGCGCGUGGAAAUCCCAUUUUCUCCAUUUCAAAAUAUGGUCAUUUAUUAGCGUAUUGUAAUGGUACAAAGAGUAUUACGAUUCAUUUAAUGGAAAAUGGACUUGAAGUUACAACUAAAAUAUUUACAACCGCAAACAAAAUCCUUUCAAUUUCAUUUAUUGACGAUGAUGAAAGAUUAUUCGUUGUCACUGAAGAAGCAUCCGGAUAUGGUGAAAAUGGAAAAAUUAAAUUCACUCCAAUGAUAAAUAUUUUGGAUCUUUUCACUUUUAAGAAUGAUAUACGAAAGUUUGACGACCAAUCAAACAUUUUUGGUUCCUUACAAAAGUCUAUUAGUCACUCUAUAGUUUUUUCAAAUGGAGUUAUACUCGCAACUUUACAGGAUGGGACUAUUUGUUCGGUCCUUGAAUUAUCGAAUGUUAAAAGUAAAUUAAAACCUUAUAUUUCUCAUGACCUUCUUCCAAUUAACAUUAACCAAGUUCAAGAAAAUUCAUUGAAAAUGGAUCAAAUCUUUCACACAAUCUUUCAACAAGAUGGAAUAAUGUUGGAUGCUAAGAAAGAGCAUAAACGCGUAUUAGUCGUCAAUAAUAAAGAGCCUUGGAUUCAUCACAAGCAGUAUAAACGUAUUUCUACUUAUCUUGAUGAAGAAAAAACCAUUCAACUUAUAAUUGGAGAAACAACAGUUCAAGUUUGGAGUAAAAAAGGUCAUGGUUCUAUAAAUAAAAAAGUUUUAGAAUAUAUUUGGGUGAAUCCAAGUAAUAAAAUGAUUACAGUAGCAUCUCUAAAGAUUGGAAAACGUGAAUUUUUAUUAGAUUUAACAUUGCCUUCAACGAUUGCCGCUAAUUUAAGUCAAAGCGUAAAGAUUCAUUGGCCAAAUGAAGCUCAUGUCCUCAAAGACGCAUGCGUUGCUAUGGAGUAUCUUUACGAACGAAGAGAUGAGCCUGUAGGGCCGAAAAAUCAAGGAAAAUAUGAAGAUUUAGUUGCGGACACGGAAAAACUUAUUAAAAAGUGCGUCAAAAAAAAUCCUGGUUUAUGGAGUUUAUCUGAAAUACGAUAUGACAUUAUGACCAAUGUCAUCCGAUCAAAAUAUAUAUCGUUAUUACAUCAGAUUCUAUUCGAAUAUAAAAAAGCAGAUGACAAGAAACAAGAUAAAACGAAAAUUAGUCGUUACUUACAUAUCCCAAGGGAAUAUCAAUGGCCUAUGAGAGCGAAAGAAAGUGAUUUAAUGAUUGCUAUUGAAAAAUCUUCUGGUGGGCUUCGUAGGGAUACAGUUAUCGUCGCCAUGUUGCUCGAAUACUAUUCAAAUAAUGCGGAAAAAGAUACGGGUUGGAUGUUUACAGUGACGAAGGCUCUUCCUUUUCUUAACAAUCGUUACUUUGAACCUUAUUUAAAGGAGUUAUUUUACAAGCCUUGCUUUGGAUCUAAAGAAGAACAUAUAGAUUCAAAAUUUAUUUCACAAAAUAAAUUGAAAAAGGGAUAUAAAUCGGAAAUUUGUUCAUUAAAUUUGAAACCACGACUUCUAUUGAAGCAAAAUGAGUCUUCAUUGUGGAAUACAUUUAAGUCGAAGAAUCUUAAAAGAAGAUCAAAAGUAACGGAUGAAGAGGUUACGCAAAUAACGACAGUGCGCGUAGUUCCGUUACCGGAUUUUACAGUCUAUCCAGAAAAUGCUGUUGAUAGAAAGCAUAGUAAUUGGAUGAUUCCGUUAAAACUUAUCAAGCUCAUAUUUUGGCCAAGAGGUUAUUUGGUUCGACGUCAAGAUCAACGUAGCCCUUUUCUAAGGCUUUUAAGAAAAAAUGAAAAUGAACAAUUAUUUGACAAUCCAGCAAUGGAGGCAUGCAUUGAUUUUAAAUGGAUUUCUGGAAUAUUUGAAAUCAAAGAUGAUAGUAAUUUACUUCAUGCUAUCUUGUUAUUUAUAUUUUUCUAUAUGGGAUAUUAUCUUUUGGCGACGGAAUUUGUACAAUUGAGAUACGAAGGUUUUAAAAGAUAUUGGAGCAUAUAUAAUUUUCUUGAUCUCGCAUCAAUUAUUCUUCCAUUGGUUACAAUGAUAAACUAUAAAGUAAUAAUCUAUAAAUGGAUUCAAAUCGUGUUAAAUGAUCCUAAUUAUGACGAAAAUGAUCCUUAUCCAGACGCUCAUAUUGAACAAGUCCUUAAAGAUCAUGGUGUAAUAAUGAGUGAUGGUAUUAGAGAAGUUUAUAUUCAAAUAGCAUUUGCGGUCUUGCUUUUAUGGUUUGAAUUAUUAUUGCUGACGCGAUUCUUUUCGGCUACUGCGACUUAUAUUAACAUGAUUAUAAACAUUUUAAAAGCUAUUUGGCCAUUCCUAAUUUUUAUGUUAAUGACAACCGUUGCUUUCGGUCAUGCAAUGCAUGUCAUAUUAAAAGACCCUGCAAGUAUUGGUUUGCAACCUAACGGCAACAGCUUUGUGAUAGAAGAUCCAAAUCCGGACAGUACCAUAGACACGAAAAUUACACAAGAAUUUGAUAUAGAUAAACCUAUCGAUAAUUAUUAUGUAAAGUUUCCGUACGCUGUUAUGGGAGUUUAUUUUUGGAUUCUUGGAAGAUGGGAUCAAUUAGAAGUUUGGGAUUUCUGGCCAAUUUACGUAUUUAGUAUAGCCGCAAGUAUUUUAUUGGUCAUCAUCAUGCAGAAUUUGUUGGUCGCAUUUAUGACGGGUGUGUACGAAAAUGCAAGAAAUAAUGUAAAGGUAGCGGUGUUAAGUUAUAGAGCUGAUUUAAUCGCUGAUUAUGAAACGUUAGAAAAACCAUUUGGUAGUUUAAGAGGGAAUCCGAGAUAUAUUUAUUAUGUUGGAAGUUCUGAAUAUCAAGAGGAAUGGUUGGAUAAAGCUGAAAAAUAUAGGAAAACUCAUAAAUCUUUACUUGUUGAAGAUAUUAAUAGCCAAAUCUUAAAAGGUAAAGAUGUUCAAACAUUUAGAUUGACCGUUAAUGAUCAUGAGGAUAAAAAUAUUGUCACGAAUAAUGAAUUCUUGAAAUUAAGAGACGAGAUGAAGAUGUUGCAAAAUGAUGUUAAAGAAUUGUUAUCGUUAAUUAAGGUCGUGAAAACCUAUGAAGAAAAACCAGUAUUACAUACAAAGAAAUCGAUUGUUAUUCGCGAGACGAAAAAAUGA